GAGAGAGACAGACAGAGAGAGAGAGAGAGGACACAGAGAGACGAAGCGGAGAACCAGCGGAGUGUUUCUGUUCCCGAAGAGAGGACCGACCAUAGGAAGCUGUGCUCCCCCCACCCCGGGGCUGGGGAUGGAGGAGGGACAGUGCCAGACAGCCCGACACGGGGGCUGAGGAGGAGGCAGCAGAGAGAGAGAGAGACAGACAGAGACAGAGAGAGAGAGCGCGGGGGGUGAAGCCCGGUGUGGUUGGCAAGUUUGACGGCACCUUUGGCUACUGGUUGCAGGAGAGGCAAAGCGGACGGUGAGGGACUCGGAGGGUGUGGUGUGUCCCAGUUAUGAGGGGCCGCCUUGGCCGCCUGGCCGCCCUGGGGGUGCUCUCCCUGCUGGGGCUGUGGGGGCUUUGCCUGGACCCUCGACCGCUCACCCUCCCCUCUCCCCGGCCCCGGAACCACCCACCGCGCCCUCCAGCCAACGCCAGAACUUUUCGCACUUUGCUGUCCUUCCCCGGGGAGAGGAGCCCGAGAAGCGCUCACAGCGACUCCACCUCACCCUCCGGGGCAGGGGAUGGACAGAGACCCUUCCCCGGCCCCGGGGUGACUGAACACGGCGUGUUUUGGAGCGACGGACUGUCCGGCUCCAUCCCAAGUGGCUACUCGGAGGCUGAGGUCAAGCAGUGGCUACACGCGGCCCGGACAUCUCGCCUGGUGGCCCUGGAGACGGGCUGUGGGAGAACUCCCAACAGGUUGGCCAGGUUUGAGGAUGGCACCAGAGCCUGCCUGAGGUAUGGCAUCAACCCCGACCAGAUCCUGGGAGAGACUCUGUCCUUCUACCUGUCCAGGCUGCUGGGCAUCAGGAACGUGCCAGCCAUGGCGCUCUCUCUCGUGGACACCAACGCAGAGCAGUGGGCGAGGGUGAGGCAAGAGGUGGAGGGGUCUCAGUGGGCAGAGAGGACUAUCGUCAGUCUCACCCAAUGGGUCAACAACCUCAGCGAGGUGGUCCCGCCCAACGCCCUGAGGGUCGGCAAGAGACGCCUCCAUCCCCUCAAGGAAGACUUGGACAACGCGACUAGGGAGGAGUUGAGGGACCUGGUUCAAUGGUCGGAUCUCAUUCUCUUUGACUACCUGACAGCCAACUUUGACCGGCUGGCCAGCAACGUGCUGAGCUUGCAGUGGGACCGGGCGCUGGAGAGACCCACUCACAACCUGCACCGCACCCCCCAGGGGGUGCUCCUCUUCAUAGACAACGAGGCGGGUCUGGUGCAUGGCUACCGCGUGCUGCCCAUGUGGGACAGGCACCACGAGCUGUUGCUCAAGUCGCUGUGUGUCUUCCGCAGGGAGACGGCUCGAAGGGUGGCAGAACUUCACAAGCGUCAGAACAUGGCGGUGCAGUUACUGGAGCUGUACCGGGCCAGCGAGCCCCUGGCCCCCCACAUGGGCUUCCUGUCUGAGGACCAGGCCCGGGUGCUACAGAGCAGGGCUGAUCAUGUGUACAGACACAUCCUGCAGUGUAAAGCCAGAUACAGCCCAUGAGAGGUGGUCUGUGACUGUCCCAGGUGUCUGGCGUUGGGAGUUUCCCUGGUUGGAAGAGGUGAGGUGCCCCCAUCUCUCUGGGCAAAGUUGAGGACAGAUACUGGGCAAGGAAAGCCGAGGCAGGGGCUUGAGUUUAUGCCAUCAGCUGUGCUCUGAAGCUCAGGGGUGGGGAGGGCAGGUGAGGGGUUUGGGUGAGGGCAUCGCCCACUGAGCGCUCCCAAAGCCAAGCCUUCAGACAGCCAACGCACCCCCUCCCUCUGUGGCUUUCUGUAACGUGAUGAAACUUUGGGUUUUGAAGGGUGAUUGGUGUGUUCUGUCCAACCCUUUAGUUUUCUUUUACCAGCAAAUAACUUGCUUUCCGAGAGUCUUAGCUGAUACCUCGCAUCACUUCCAGGUGUUACCCCUGCCUCUGAUCCAGCCACUCACUUCCCUUGCAUCGAUAGAGCGGGGAUGGUGGGAUGGGGGGGUUGUGUCUAGCUACGGUAAUGGCACUAGCUUCAUUGGCUUAGCCUGUCAACGGGUGGGGGUGGGGGGGGGUGCAAACUCACCCCCUCCUGGCCUCAGCGUCUCACAGGAGGGUGUGAGCGAGCCAAGCCAGACUCUGGUUAUACAGGGUUAAUAGAAUCACUCUUUUACUAAAUUGCGGGGAUAAAGCUGUGAUCAUUUCACAAUGUAACCUUGACGCUUGGAUAAGGUAUCGAGUCUUGUGGUGGGGGGGUGUUGCUGAGCUGUUCCCCUCACCAGGGGACAGUGACCUGCUCUCGCCGCCUGACUGACAGCCCAUCAAUAACACCACCUGGAGGUGAUUUCAGAAUCUGGGGGGAGGGGGGGGUUAACCCUUUGAAAGCAGCAGCUAUGGCGCAUCAGUGUGUGUGUCUCUCGCUUUUCAGAGACACAUACACACACUGGUGCGUCACCGCUACUGCCCACAAAAGUCAAUUCACUUUACAGUGUAUUCUGUGAAGUGCUUUGAGAUA